AUGCUUGUUGCUUCCUCACCUGAAGCAGCCAAAGAACUCUUGAAAACCCAUGAUAUAAAAUUUGCUAGCCGACCAAAGUUAAGAAUCCCAAACAUUCUUUCGUAUGGCUCCAACGACAUAGUAUUUUCUCCUUAUGGAGAGAAUUGGAGGCAAUUGAAAAGCAUCGCUGUAGUCCAUCUUCUAAAUAAUACACGAGUCCAGUCAUUUCAACAAGUGAGGGAAAAGGAGGUGGCUUUUAUGGUUGACGAGAUCAAAAAAAGUUGUGGCUCUUUAGUUGAUCUUAAUGAGUUGAUUUUUUGUCUUACGAAUAACAUAGUCAGCAGGGUGAAUCUAGGGAGGACAUAUGGUGGGUUAAAGUUCGAAGACAUAAUGGACAGGUUUCUGCAUCUGCUUGGUGGUUUCCACGUUGGAAGUUAUAUUCCAUGGUUGGCUUGGAUAGACCGAUUGAGUGGUUUAGAGAAGAAAGCACAUAAAGUCGUUAAAGAGUUUGAUGAUUUUCUUGAACGUGUUGUUGAAGAACAUGUAGAUAAGAGAAGAGGGGUGGAUACUCUAUGUAGUGAAGAUCAUGAUCUAGUUGACAUCUUAUUGGAUGUACAAAGAGAUAAUGCAAUCGGCUUUACCUUUCAUAGAGAUGUCAUCAAAGCCCUCAUUUUGGUAACUAGUGGUACUCACACGCUAUAA